ACUUCAGUCGCAGCAGCCAUCGCAGGGGCACCCGUCGCAGCAGUUCCCUGCCAGCCGUGCGGGGGCCCCCCCGUCCGCGCAGGCCCCGCAGCACUCCUACCCGCAGACCACGGCCAAGUACCCCCUGCAGCAGCAGCAGCAGCAGCAGCCGGUUGGCAAUGCUCGCGCUGGGCCGGGGGCCGUCGCCCCGGGCGAGGCCUACCUCCCGACCGCCGGCUACCUGGAGGAUGCGGCGGCCAGCCCCGGGGCCAGUGGCCCGCACUCCGGGCCCUCGUACCUGGACCAGCCCGGCAAGCACCUGCACCCGGGGCCCUCGCGCGGGCGCGACCGCUUCCAUGUUCAGCAGCAACAGCCGGGGCAUUUCCGCAACCCCGAUCCCGGCGACGACGCGGAGAUGGCCUCCGGGUCGCUGGACAACCUGGCCUUCCAGGAGACCCUGCUGUCGGGCCCGGGGCACUCGGUGCACCCGUCAACCGGGCCGCGCUCCCAUGCGCCGUACCAUCCCCCGGCCGAGGGCGGGGCAUCAUCGGCCGGCGGGGCUGCCGACGCGGGCGCCCCCUCGGCGGCCCGGUCGCCGGACUACCGGGCGCCCGGACACAUGGCCGGCCGAUCGGCCUACUACGCGGCCCGCGGUGCCGAGGGCGCCGAGGCCGAGACAUCGCCGGUGAUGGACCCUCGGGCUCGGCAGGCCGGGCUGCCUGGCACCGGCCCGGGCUUUGCCGCGGACACCGGCCCGACCGGGUACCCGGCGCACCCGGGCGCCUACGGGCCGGCCCUGCCGCCGGGCUCGGCCGCCGGCAUGCACCCCACCUCGACGUACCAUGCGCAGCAGCACCCGGCCGCGGCCGGGGGCCCGUAUCAUGGGCCGGCAGCACAGCAGGCGGCCUCCGCCGCCGGGACGUACCUCGUGCCCUCGGCCGGGCGUGCAGGCUCCCUUGGCGGCGGCGGCGGCGGCGGCCAGCAGCACCAGCACCGACCGGCCGGCGGGGCCCGCGUCCAUGACUACUCGGACCCCCGGUACCGUGGCGCUCCCUCGGCCGAUGGCGGCCACUACGACCAGGGGCCCGGGCCAGCGGCCGACCUGUCCAGCGGCGGCCCGCACCACCCGGCCCACCCGCCGCAUGGCCACGCGUAUCACCAUGGCGGCCAGUAUGCCGACCAGUAUGGCGGCCAGUAUGGCGGCCACUACCCCAGCCAGUAUGCCCAUGGCAAGGAGUCGGCCGACAUCGGGCCCGCUGGCGGGCCGCGGAAGCCCGGCCCUCACGCCGCCUCGAGCGACUUCCAUGCGGCCGAGUAUGCCGGCCACCACCAGCACCAUGCCCAUCUCCAGGCACAGCCGUCCUCGCAGCCGCAGUAUCUGUCCCACCAUGCGCCGCACUACCAUGGUGCGUCGGACGCCGAGCCGGCACCCGGGCCCCUGCAGCCGCAGCCGCAGCCACAGCCGCAGCAGCCGCAGUCGCAGUCGCACCCCCACGCUGCGCCGGAUGCCCCCUCCUCCGACGCCGACCCGGGCGCCAGUGCUCCCGACCACGCCCCUCGGCUGGGCGUCUACCCGAGUGACGCGUUCGGGGCCGAGCGCCAGGCCAGCCCCGGGCUCGGGGCCGGCGGCCAUGCGUAUGCCCUGUCCUCGGCCUCGUCCAGCGGGCUGGCCCUGGACUUCGGCCACGGCCUGGCCGACUCGGGCCCCGUGUCGACGCCCUCCUCGGCCCCGAGCACCCCCGGGCCCGGGGGCAGCGGCGGCAGCCGGUCCGGCCCCGGCGGCGGGGCCUCCAUGUCCCGCAACCGGGCCCAAAAGGCCACCUCUGCCGGGGCCGGCCCCGGCGGGGCGACAGGCCGCCCGGGCGGGAGUACCGGCGGCCGCACCGGGCCGCGCGGGACCUCCCCCGGUGGCGGCUCCACCGGCGGGGCGGCCAUCUUCGUGCUCGGCGGCGGGGCCUCCAUGUCCCGCAACCGGGCCCAAAAGGCCACCUCUGCCGGGGCCGGCCCCGGCGGGGCGACAGGCCGCCCGGGCGGGAGUACCGGCGGCCGCACCGGGCCGCGCGGGACCUCCCCCGGUGGCGGCUCCACCGGCGGGGCGGCCAUCUUCGUGCCCAUCCACAACAGCGCCAAUGCCCACAGUCGGUCGGGGAAUUCCCCCCCGCGGGUGCCGACCCCGCCGCCGGCCCCGCAGGCCCCGCAAAAGGGCAUCACCAAGCCCGGCAUCACCAAGCCCGUGCGCGAGUACCUCCGCCGGUGGAUCCUGGCCCACCACACCAAUCCCUAUCCCAGCGAGACGGAGAAGCAGCGCCUGCUCAGCCACACCGGCCUGGACAUCACCCAGCUGAACAACUGGUUCAUCAAUGCCCGGCGCCGGGUGCUCAUGCGCACCUGGCCCAGGAAUUCGCCCGGGGCCGCGGCCGGUGGUGCUGCCUCGGCCGGCGGCGCCAGCGCCCCCUCGGCCGGCGGCAGCCCCCUUCCCAGCCCCGGCGGCAUGGCGGCCCCGGCCACCGGGCAGGCCGCCAGCGCCAGCGCCAGCGCCACCGCCACCGCCACCGCCCCGGCUGGGUUGAUGCUCGCGUCGCCGCCGCUGGGCUCGUCGCUGGCCGGGGGGCCGGAGGCCGGUCAGGCCCCGGGGUCCGGCGGCCCGAGUGUGGGCGCCGCCGCCGCCGCCGCCGCCGCCGCCGCAGCAAGCGCCAGCAUGGCCCCCCUGUCCAUCUCGCCGACUGGCGCGCAGCCGGCCGGCGCGGGCUCGGCCCCGGGGCCCGCCCCGGCGGUUGCCAGCCCCGGGGCGGUCGGGUCUCUCGCCUCGUCGCCCGUGUCCCGGUCCUCGGCGGCCCUCAGUGGUUUGAACAUCUCCCCGGUCGGGGUGGCACCGCACGCACAUGCCGCCGGCGACGCCGGAGCUGCUGGCCCGUCGGACCUCCAGGCCACCACGGCCGGUCUUUCCCCACACCACCCCCUGCACCACGCCCAUGCUCACCUGGCCCACCACCAGCAGCAUGGGCUGCACCAGCCCCACCAUGCCAAGCCGCCAGGACACUUUGUGCCCACCAUGCCCGGCGGCUUGGACAUGGCGGCCAGCUAUGCGGCGGCCGCGGCCGCCGCCGCCGCCGCCGCCGCCCACAGCCCCUCGCCUGCCCUCAUCACCGCUGCGCAGCUCAAUCAGCAUGCCCUGGCCAACCUGCAGAUGUCGGCGGCGGCCACCAUGGCGGCCGCCGUGGCCGCCGCCACCGCCUCCGCCCCCGGGCCCGUCGCCGCCGGUGCCGCCACCAACCCCCCCGGCGAUGCGGCCCCCCUGGCCGCCCACCUCUCGCCCUCCACCGGCAGCGGGGCUUACCUGCCCGUGUCCGGGGCGCUGGCGGCCGCCACCGCCGGCCUGGCCGCCCCGCUGGGCACCGGCCCCAGCGUCUCCACCCCCACAACGCCGCAGACGCCGGGCCCCGGCGCAGUGCCGCUGGCCUCGGCCACCGGCCUCGGCGACCACCCAGGCCUCGGCCCCGGCCAGUACCGCCCGGUGAAGAUGGGCCCGCACUAA